CCACUAUUUACACACUCAUGCACAUACACAGAUUCGUACACUUUCACACACUCACAUGAGAAAAUGGACAAUAAUAUCAAUAACGGUGCUAAAUGAGACCUCGUUUACUUGGAAAGAUCAUCAAGAUAGACGUUUCUUUCAGGGCAAUGAAUCUACUGCAAAUCGUCGGUUAUAUACGUCCCUGCAUAUUAUGUCAUUUCCUUUCAUCCUCAUCUCUUUGGUGUAGUCUUCUCUCGAUCUCGUUAUCUGUUUCCUCCUUUGACAUUGGCUAUGCUGUUGUGGUUGGCUUUUUUUCUUUGUUUCUCUUCCUUUUAUCAAUUCGUAAACGUUGACACAGGGUGUAGCGCAUGCGAUCUCUUAGAAUAAAAAAGAAAAGCAAG